AAGGCGCGGAGAGCGAUGCCGGCGUUGCGAGCGCAUCUGGCCAGGCAGGCGAGCGCGGCCCGCGAGACGCUCCUGCAGCAACGCGCCCGGCUCGGCUCGGACGCCCCCGCCGUCGAGGUUUCUCCCGCUCCCACCCGCUCGCCCCCGCAGCCCGGGAUGUACGUCUCGCGCCUGGCGGCCGGCGGGCUGCUCCUGGCCCUGCUGGCACUCGCGCUGGACGGGAAGCCGGCGCCGCCGCCGCCGCCACCACCGCACAAGGGCCCCCCAGGCGGCACGACGGCGUUGAAGCGCGAGCUGGCGGAGCUGCUGGAGGCGUCGUCGGGCCCCGCGGCGGGCGGCGGGCGCAGCAGCUCGAAGGCGGGCGCGGGCAGUAGUUCCGCGUCGACGCCGCAGCAGCAGCCGCCGCAGACGAAGAGCAAAGGAGCGUCGACGGCGUCGCGGCUGAUGCGGGACCUGCGCACCGACACCAAGCAGUCGCGGGCCGCCUGGGGGCGGUUGGUGCACCCCGAGCACCAUGCAGGCGGCGGCGGCGGCGGCGGCGGCGGCGGUGGCGGAUCGCGGCGACUCAAGGGGUUGGCGAAGAAGGGGCUGGCCAAGGGCUGCUUCGGCCUGAAGCUCGACCGCAUCGGCUCCAUGAGCGGCCUGGGCUGCUGAGCCGUCGAGGGCGGCCCGCGGGCGACACCUGGCGGCGGUCUUCAAAGUUCCACCCCAUUCCACGGACAUUUUUGGACAUCACCUGCAGUCAUCCAGGGUCACGCUUGCAGGACCCCAAGGGCCAAGUGGCCUGUAUCCUGUUGGUACGAGGACUUGAAGCAGAACCAGCCGUUUUGAGUGGGGGGGGGGCAGGGCUGCGUUGGAUUGAGUUUUGCAUCCC